AUGAGGGAGAAGAAGCUCCUUGACAUGGGAAUCAAGCCCAUCAUCUCACGCACAAGGAUGGCAAGAAGAUCAGAGGAGAUAGGGCACUGCAGGGAACUCAUGCCUCUCCUUGACAGCUCCACCUACAAGAUCACAGCUUACAACACUAGGCACCAAGAGGAAGAAAGCUUAGUGUUGGAGGGGUCAUCACACCAUCUUUGUGCAGCUGGAGUCCCAACUGACAAGAGAAGUCUACUCCACCAGGUUGGAUGGACAUCAAGUUUUGCAAGACCAACCUUCUCAUUGAGCACAAGGAGUUGGAUGGGAGAUUCCAAUUCAAAAGAGCCUGAGCUCGAUCGAGCUGAGGAUCGAGCUGAGAUCAAGCUGAAGAUCAGUCCAGGAGAGUGCGAUUUGGGUGAGCCUGAGUGCUAUUACUUUGAGGAGUAUGAGGCUCCAAGGAUGAACCCCUCUGUUGUGGCUGCCCACAAGAGGAUUGGACUUCUCCAAAAGUUCAACAAGUGGCAAGGGAAAGCCAUGGAAAGAUGCAAAAGUCCAUGGACAAGAUGGUGA